UAGAACGCUGCUUGUUUAGGGCAAGAAGGAAGGCUUGGUUUCUUGGCGCGAUGGAUCCCAAGGCGCUGCUGGACGAGCUCAUGGGCAAGGACCGGGAUUUGCCGCUGGGCCAGAAGCGGCAGAGCCGCUUGCGCUUCGAUGAUGCCCAGGUCUGCCACUAUCAUCUGGUUUCUUUCUGCCCGCACGAUCUUUUCCCCAAUACCAAGAGUGAUUUGGGGCCGUGCGGGAAGGUUCACGACGAUGCGCUGCGCGAGCCAUUCCGGAAAUCGAACAAAGUGGCUCAGUACGAGAUGGAGUUCUUGAGGUAUCUCGAGCGCCUCAUCUCCGAUCUCGAAAGGAAGAUACGAAGAUGUUAUGAGAGGUUGGAGAAGGAAGUUCCCGUUAUGGAACAGAACAAAGGUGGAACAGAGAAAAUCAGUGCAAUUUCGUUGGAAGUCCAGGCUCUUCUCAAAAGGGCCGAGAAAGAGGGAGAAGAGGGUAUGGUCGAUCAGGCGCAAGCUACCAUGGAAAAGGUUGAAAUAUUGAAUAGGGAGAAGGAGUUGAUUAUGCGUGCAAUUAUGCCAGAGUACGGAACUAUUUUAGAGAAAGAAAAAAGAAUGCAAGUAUGUGAAAUAUGUGGUGCAAUGCAGGCCUCAACAGACACUGAAAAGAGACUUGCAAGCCAUUUGGAGGGCAGGCAGCAUGUGGGGUAUCUGAAAAUAAGAAACACUCUGGAGGAGUUAAGGAGGAAACGUGACGAAGAGCUCGAGGCCAAAAAGAAAGAAAGGAUGCAAGAGAGCUCUGUCGAAGAGAAGCUGGACUUGAAAGACUCUCCCACUCAAAAGAAUGGUGCAUACCAGGGUGGCAAAGGCAACGAGUGGAGGUCUGAUAAGUACAAGAGACAGAACAGUGACCGAAGGCACCACGGGGGAUUUAACAGGAACAGGGGUCACCACGGCGACCGGGAGAGGAACAGGGACGGUGACAGGCACCGCAGUAGAGAGUGGAGGAGUGAAUCGAGGAAGAGGAGCAGGAGCAGGAGUAAAGAGCGCAGCAGGGAACGCAGUUAGCUGAUGGUUGAUCAUCAGCACCAACAAGAAGAAGUCGAAGAACCAAGAACCCGAUGGAAGCGUUUGUGUGCGAAGUGUAUGAGCUCCCAGAGGAAAGAAAGGUUUUGCUGCAAAGCAAGCACAGCCUCGAGGAUGCCAGAGAGAAGAUUUCCCUUUUGCAAGUUUUAGUUUGGCUGCUACUUACUGUGGAUGGUUUCGGGGCUAUAGCUAGAUUAUACUUUGGGGGAAGCCGGGUGACAAAAUAAAAGAGAUAUCUUCCUUGGAGCCAGGCUUUGGAUCCAGCUAUGUCCCACCCAGAUAAAGAGGUUUUGUCACCACUUUCUUCAAAGGUUUCUCUUCCAUCACGUAUAACACUAGAGGAAAAAGGUGCUCCUUCGUUUU